AGACAUGGUAGACUGCGGGAAAGCAGAAUCAGAUGUUCCUUUUAAGAUGAACACAGGUAUGAACAAACUCUCGACGGCGGUAUAGUCGGUGACCGUCGAAAUCUAAGGAUGCGGUUGACGGUCGUCCUCGCCCACCUGUCGGUCCUGACGGGCCUCUGCACCUGUCACCACCAUUUCGAGACGUUCGACGCCCCGUCCUCCACCAUGGACAACAUCGCCCACCUGGUGAUGUCGCUCCAGCAGGAGAUGGGCGACAUCAGGAAGGAGGUGAGGAACAGGAUGGACACCAUGAAGUACGAGCUAACCUGCGAGAUCCGGAACCUGAAGGAGGCGCUGAUGAAGGAGCGGGAGGCCAUGAGCGGCAAGGUGGACAGCGUGUCCCAGGGCAUGGAGGACUUCAAGAAGCGCCUCAAAAGGGGCUUACGAGGCAUAGGUUCGCAGAACGAAAACAUCGCCAACGAACUGCGCUCGCAGAAGGCCGAGCUGUAUGCCGUCAGGAACAGCGUGUACGACUCUCGAGAGGAAACUCUGACGAAGGGCAACUUCAUCAUGAAGAAGGUCAACGACACCAACACCACGCUCGUCUCGCACCUGGAUGACCUGCGGGUCAAGCUCUACAAGAUCAACCACAACCUGGCGCUGAUCUCCGGCGAGCAUCAGCAGCUGAUGGAGGUCGUGCGGCGCAACAACCAGCAGCAACCCAAGACCUACAACAGCGAGGACUACAGCGACAGGGUGCUCCCCGGCUGCACCUACACGCCCCUGGACACCCAGGAUUUCGCAAACGUCCUCAACCGGACCUACAUGAACGACACCUUCAGCGGCAGUUUGGGGGGGCUGGACGAGGAGGAGAAGGCGUGGGAGCCCGAGGACCACCAACUCUUCCCGACGAUGCCCGAGGACUGCAAGGACGACAAGAAGAAGUACCUGGAGUACCCUCCGAUGCCCCGCGACUGCAAGGACGUCUUCGACCUCGGCUUCAUGGAGGACGGGAUCUACCGCAUCCAGCCGCCAAGCCUGUCGUCCAGAGAAGUGUACUGCGACCACCAUACCGCAGGCGGCGGCUGGACGGUCAUGGUGGCGCGACGCAAACUGCCCAGACACAUUUCCUUCAACCGCACUUGGCAUGAAUACGAAGUGGGCUUCGGCGACCCCAGCAAAGAGUACUGGAUCGGUGAGUACUGUCGUGUGUGCACGUGA